AUGGAGGCAACAAAACAAGAAAUGGAUGAGGCAUCUGCGCUGAUUGCGUGGGGACGACAAGUUCUUGUGAACAGGCGCCUGCAGAAGCAGCGGGAACGGAUGCAGCGUGAGAUGUCACACGAUAGCGACGCGGUGCAACAUUUGAACGCCAUCGGAGCCCGUCAUUCGGCCAUGUCCGAGGCGUCCUCAGCGUGCGACCGGGACGGAGUCGUCUCACCGCACAGGCAUGAGAAAUCGAUGGCAAAAGAAAACCGAGUGCAACAGCCGCUGGAGCGCCACGUGGGCCACGACGGUGUGGCGUCAAAGCGCAUUGAGUCUCAUCCGCGGGCCUCCAUUUUUAGGCAAGAUGCAGUGGAGGCGUCGCAACUCCAGCGACGGGUUGAGGUGGCCAAACAGACUCUACAGGAACUGAGCGAACUCGAUGUCCACAAUGAUAAGGUGUUUUGGCAGCACAUGCAGGAAUUGCAGAGUAUGCUUGAGCAGGUCGAGUUGCAGAAAGAGCCGCUCCGCCAUGUCACCAGACUUUCCUUUGGAAAAAAUGCUGUGAGGGAGUCCACGUGUGGUUCAGCAACAACGGCCUCAACACCGCGACAGAAAAAUGGGCACGAACAGAAAUUGAGUCGCAAAGAACAGCUGGAAGAACUCUGGUCUCUCCAGAAGGCCCUGCUGAAGAGUCUGCAAGAUGAAAAGUUUGGCGGCGUUGCAGUGGCCUCAUUGGCAACCUGUGCAAGUGACGUGCCAAAUUGGGACGAUCGCCUCUGGUGUGUGCUCCGCCAGGCGAUUCAUGACUGGAAACUACGGCUGGUGCCAUCCCUUCACCAUUUUCUGAAUCUCGUGCAGGAGCUGCCGAUGCUUCAGCAAGAAGAAGAUAAAAAAAUAGGCCUUAGGAGACCCUUGCCCCAAUCCAGUGAACAUGCUGUCGCCAUGGAGGCCUCCAUUAUCCCCCUCACGAGUCAAGUGAUGCUACCGGAGGAAAAGAACUACCCCGCACUGGAAUGUUUGGAUAAACUGCCAUUGCAGGAGGCAAUUGGUGUUGUUAUCGACGUACUUGCAAGGGCGGGAAUGGAGACGGAGACGUCACUUGCAUCUAUCAUCAAACUAUCGGAUGAGAAGGACGUGCAGCUUUUCAACCUCCUUGAGGAGGCGGAAGGGCAGUUGAAACAACAGGAGGAUAUGUUGGAGCAGGCGCAAGAAUUGAUUGGGACGCUGCAACGUGAAAAGAUGUCACUUGAGGAAGACGGGGCUGCUCUCCAUGACGCCGUCGAGGUGUUGCAGGAAAAAGUUGUCUCUCUAAGAGCACAGCAUGAGGAAAGGCAACGAGAAGAAACGGAAGUGGCGGCGGAGUUGCAGAAACAUAAAGCCCGUUUGUAUGAACUGAAGCAGUGCCUGGAGCGAGAGGCGUCCCUGAGGAAUGAUGCCGUGAAGAGGACGGAAGAAGCGAAGCGGUCGGCGGAGGACGCGGCACGGCAAACAACACUCCUCCAGGACGAACUACAGCGCGAAAAGGAGCGACAAAAGAGCGUGGAGGAGGAGGUUCUGCAACUUCAGCGUCUUCUCCGCGUGGCGAAGGAGGAAGAAGAAGAUGCGACAACUCGAAGAAAAUGGCAAAGCGACGAGCUCCGUGUGGCGCAAUCCGCCUUACAAAAAUCCAAGGAAGCGUUCCUGCGGCAAAAACAACAACAUGAGGCGGAACAGAAAACAUUUGUAUCUCUUCGUUGCAGUGAACAGGAGGUUUUGGGCCAGAUAACGACAGAGGAAGAGGCCUGCAAGGAAUGUGCCAAGGAACUUGGAACGCAGCGGGGUAUAGAAGCUGCCAUGCGUGAGGAACUUGCAACACUCCACGCGGAGUUAUUAGAGGCACAGAAAGAGAAGGCAGCGGUGCAGCGAUCACUUCAAAUCAUGAAUGAAAAGUUGGAGGCGGCAAAAACGGCUUUGUUGCGCGAUGAAGAGAUGCCUGGUACAAUAAAAGAGACUCCUCCUCCUGCUACUGCUGCUACUACUACUCUCGUUUCAUCAUCCGCGUCAUUAUCAUCCCCGCAACGAAACCUCGUGGAGGUGUUGCAUCCAAAAUCAAGCAACUCCAAGAAUGACAAGAGCCCUGCUCCACUACAUGUUCAAUUGAACAAAUCGCCUGAUUCAAAGGUUGCAUCAUUGAGGCAUAAGAAGAUGUCUCAAUUAUCGAAACAGGAAAAUCAACAUGGAACGACAAUGACUCCGGUGCAGCCCCACAGUAAUGCGGCGGAAGUAACGAUUACACCAAAAGGCUUACAGCGUCAACAAGAGGAAGUACGUCUGGAACAGUCACAUCUUCAUGUGGGAAACCUUCAGCGGAAACAAGAAGAAAAACAACAACAACAAAAAGAUGAUGAUGGUGAUCAUGAUGAGGUUGUGCCUUCAGCAACGGCCCGCUCAAGGAACCCGUCGUUGCUCUCUCCCGGUGUUGGCAGUGGACAGUUCGUUCCGCUCGUUGUGUCGCUGCCUUCACGUCAAUCUGGGCCGUCGCGACCUGCAAACACCUCUGGCCAAUAG